AUGUCCAUUACUCCUCAGGGUAAAGUUUUCCACAGUUAUGACUAGGGACCGCAACGGGUUUCGCAAAACUCCGAAUUUCCAUAAAAUUUUUGUUGGAAUGUGUUCCCCUACUCUAUAUGAGUACGCUUCCAAUUUUUUUUUCCAAAAUUUUCGGUACAUCCCGAGUUACACCCGUUCAAAGUUGCCCUGUUUUCUCCCGGGUCGGCGGCUGAGGAGGGGCGUGGCCUCGCUUGCAAGUUUGCCGCACGCGUUUUUUCUCAUUAUCUGGUGGACCAAACCAAAGAGUCAACAUUUUAAAUGAACAGAAAUGAUGUUCUAAAAAAGCAAAACCACUUUUGAGGUCAAAAGUUUCGAACCCGACACCUCAAAAUAGCCGAGCGAGCACUCUGCCACUGCGCCACCCAGGCGGAGGCGCGCCCACCGCCAAUCACGUUGAAAAGCUCGGUGUGCGCGGCCCCUUACAGGGGUGAAGUAAGUGCAUUUUCGCGCUGAAAUUCGAAACAUAUCUGACUGUAACUUUUUUCGGCAACGUGGAAAAUUGCCAUUUUAAACGGAAUUUUGUCGAGAAUUUCACGCAGAAUCCGAUUCCGUAAAAAUUAGCCGUGUGAACGGUACCUGUGACCAUCAAAUCCUCGAAAAACUAAAAUUUCGUCUGAAUAGGCGUUACUCAAUCGAACACAAAAAUGCUCCUAGGGUGUCUAGAGCUCUGAAAAUUUAUAUUUGGGUUCUCAGAGAGUGUAUCUAUAGAUUCCGAAAAUAAAAAAAAGGGGUCAUCGCUGAAAAUUUUCCGCUAACUUUUUUGGCAGUUUGAGGAUCUGUAAAAAAUUUCGGCAACGUGGAAAUUUAAAUUUUACUUCAAAAACGGAUUCCCCAUCCCUUAAACUAUCGGAAUCACUUGAAAAUAGGCGUGUGAUCCCAUAAACUUGGCCACACAGGCUCUCAGACUGAGUUUCAUUUUCGUUUUCGCCGUUUUUUGGAAAAACGGUGCGUUUUCACGGGAAACUGAGUUGUUCAUUGGAUUCAGCAUGGUCGAUUACAUAAAGUAAACCGUUUUGGGUAUGGUACUUCAUUUGGGGACCUCGGUACAGACCGCCAAACAUGCGCGCGCGAAAAUCGGGAGAAAAUUCGUCAGGCCACGCCCCCUUUGUUGCGCCCCCUAGUUAUGACGUGACAAAAACCAAUCUGCUUCAGAAGCCGAAGCUAUUCUCUCUCCCUACCUGGACAAGUACAUUGAAGCGACGGAAAGUGAAAACUGGGACGUUGUCCAAGUGUUGUAUCACCCGAACGGAGUCCUAGUUCACAAGAAUCACGAGGCGACUUACGGAAAUGAGGGUAUUUUUCAUUAUUCUAAAGUUUUCGGUCUUCACAAUGAAAUAAUCCAUUUCAGCCAUCACCGAAGAGCUGAAAAAGUUCGCUGCGAACGCCGGGAAGGUGGUCUCAGUGCUCAGCAACAAACAAUUUGAGGGAGUCGGCGAAUUUCUCAUCGUUCGCGCCGAUUUCAGCUCGGAAACCGAGAAGACUGGAAAAGUGACCGGAAAGUUUUUGCAAAUCUGGAAGAAGAAGGACAAUUCUCAUCGCAUCUAUCACGACGAAUUCCAACUUGAUAACUAG